AAUGUAGAUAAAGAUAUGGGGCGCAGCAAGCUCGCUCAAAUUCAAUGGCUCUUUGAGAAAUCAAAUCACAACCACAGACCAACUUAGCAACUUACAAUCUGAGUCAAACCACAUAUUCCCCGCUCCUUCCGUUGCAUCUGAGUCAAUGCCAUAUGCUGUGAAUGAAUAAUAAUCAAUGUUCCAUCCUUCUUCAACCCUUUCUCUUUAGUUACAACCUCAAAUUCUACCUCCAACUCAAUUGUAUUGAAAGUAUUCAACUGUGUCUACGGCAUAACAUAAGGCCGUUGUGCACCCAAUCAAAACGCUCCACCACGCCGUCGUCAUCUUCGUUGAGUUCCUUUGGUGGGUUCGGACAUAAUGGUGACAACAAUUUGGAGUGGUUUCUUAGAUCAAUCACUUCUGGGGUUGUGGUUGUUGGCUCCACCUUAGGCUAUUGGUAUUGGUCUUCUUUAUCUUCUCCAGCAUUCGCUGAUUAUAAUGCAACUGAGGAACAGCUCCAACAAAAUUCCCAAAACAGAUCCAAGUUCCUCUUUAAUGAUGGUUAUAGAAGAAGAGUGUUCUUCAAUUAUGAGAAACGCAUUCGCUUACAGAGCCCUCCUGAAAAGGUUUUCGAGUACUUUGCAACGGUUCGAACCCCUAGCGGUGAGGUUUUCAUGACACCUGCAGAUUUGAUGCGUGCCAUUGUUCCUGUCUUUCCUCCUUCUGAAUCAAACCGAGUUAGAGAGGGUUUUCUAAGAGGGGAGCAGGUUCCUGGCCAGUUACAGUGUGAACCUUCAGAUUUUUUCAUGCUCUUUGACACCAACAGUGAUGGACUCAUUUCUUUUCCAGAGUACAUCUUUUUUGUAACACUCCUCAGCAUCCCAGAGUCAAGCUUUUCAGUGGCUUUUAAAAUGUUUGAUAUCGACAAUAACGGGGAAAUAGACAAGCAAGAAUUCAAGAAAGUGAUGGCGUUGAUGCGAUCUCAGAACAGACAAGGAGCUAACCACAGAGAUGGACGGCGCCUAGGUGUGAAAUCUUCAAUAGAAAAUGGGGGUCUCUUGGAGUAUUUUUUUGGCAAAGAUGGAAAUGCUUGCUUGCAACAUGGAAGAUUUGUUGAGUUCUUAAGACACUUGCAUGAUGAGAUCUUGAGAUUAGAGUUUUCCCAUUAUGAUUACAAUAAAAAAGGGACCAUUUCAGCCAAAGAUUUUGCCCUGUCCCUGGUUGCAUCUGCAGACAUCAAUCACAUAAACAAACUGUUAGAUAGAGUUGAAGAAUUAAGCAGUGACCAGCACCUAAGAGAUAUAAGAAUUACAUAUGAGGAAUUUCAAGCCUUUGCAGAACUGCGGAAGAAGUUGCAAUCCUUCUCUCUGGCCUUAUUCAGUUAUGGAAAAAUUAAUGGGGUGUUGACAAAGAAUGAUUUUCAGAGAGCAGCAUCUCAGGUAUGUGGCAUCUGUGUUACAGAUAAAGUGGUUGACAUAAUAUUUCAUGUGUUUGAUGCUAACCGUGAUGGAAACUUAAGUGCAAGCGAGUUUGUGAGAGUGAUACAGAGAAGAGAAAAUAAGUCAUCAGGUGUUGGCUUUGGAAGUUUGAUAUCUUGCUGUAUGAAUUGUGUCAGUAAUUUGUCAUCAUCUAAACUUCAAUUAUGAUGGGACACAUUCAGAAGCAUCCAUCUUCACCACUCAGAAAUUAAAGCGAGGGUGUGAUAUGCAGAUUUUGGUUCCCAGCCGAGGCCAAACGGGUCAUCCUACAUUCACACAAUCAAGGAAUUUGAUCCGUUCAAUCAAAAUCCGGCUCAUAUAUUUCAUCAAGAUCGAACAACAGAAAUAAGCUUAAAAUGUGUGCCGUUCAAUCAAAUGACUUAAAUUUCCUGUCUGCUUGAAUUCCUUACAUAAGGGAAUCCAAAUUCACAUGCAUCUUCAGCAUGAUGCGCCUGCUGUCUACUCAGAUAUGUACAGAUUGUUGGGGUUAAAUCUUCUUGUGAGGAUACCUGUCAUUCCGGCUGCCUUAAAAAUAUUCUUGCUUCCCAUAAUUUUUGGUUUCUUGGGCCAUCUUACCCCAAGUGUUAAUGUUUGUAAUAUAAAAUUUAACCUAUAGUGGCUAGAUUAAGUCUGAAAAUUCUAAUUACAUCUCAUUCUUUGUAACUUGGGAACAUUCUAAAUAUUUUAGCCCCAGAUGAAUGAGUGUGUAAGUGACAUUAAUUCAUUGGACUUUUCGAAAAAAAAGUUGCAGAAAGAAGCUCAAAAGAAAGGUUUAAUUAUUCAAGGACAAAAAUAGUAUUAAGAUCAGUUGGUAAAACAUUCAUGUUUCAAAAUCCUAGUCGUUUGACAAAAAAAAAAAGGCUUUGACAAUGAUCUUAUAU